GCAACUUUCACACACAGGAAACAAUACACGAAUAAAAAGUUGAGAAAAUGCGGGGGAAAUUCCUGAAAGGUUGUUUGUUUUGUUUUUUGCCACUGAUCAUCACACUUCAGUUAGGUUCCUUCAUUUUAGGGAACAUCGGGUGAUGAUCAGUGAACAGAUGAGGAAAUGGACCCGCAGUCCCUCCCAGUCAGAGGCAGCUCGCUGCUCAGAGCCGUUCUUGUGAUUUUUAUGAAAGCAGCAGCGGCUGCAGCAGCUGCAGCAGCGGUCAGUCCCUGCUGCUCCCUCUGAAGAGCCGAUCACCCAACGUCAUGGCGACGCCGGGUUUGUGCGGCUCAGCCUUCGCGGUGUUUCGGCGGAUCGAGCCGAUCAUCGCGCUGGAGCAGCUGGGCAGCACUCUGUUCGACACCGCCCUGCAGAUGGUGGUGAGGGACCGGACCGCCAACAUCACCGAGCCCGGCCGCUCCAGCGAGGAGAGCCGGCAGACGGCCAUCACCGACUUCUACAUGACCUAUAACCUCAUCGUCCAGUUCACGCCCGUUAUCCCGGCGCUGGUCCUGGCCAGCCUCGGUGAUCGCGGUUGGAGGAGGGCGCCCAUCGUGGUGCCCCUGGGCGGGUACCUGCUGUCCAGGCUCGCCCUGCUCCUGGUGGUCAUUUUAGGUCUUCCGCUCAAGCUGAUGUUUGCAGCCGCGGUGGUUUUCGGGUUAUGCGGGGGCUUCAGCGCCUUCUGGCCCGGAAUCAUGACUCUGGCGUCGCUCGGCUCCACGGCGGCUGAUCGCUCCAAGGUGAUGAUGAGAGUGGAGCUGCUGUACGGGUUGACAGGAGUGGUGGGCAGCUUGGUGUCAGGUCAUCUGUUCCUGCUUUACAGUUCCAGUCUGGGAAACGGAACCGUCCUGCUCUCUGUGAGCACGCUCCUGAACCUGCUCUGCUUCAUAUUCGCUGCAGCCCUGCUGCAGGUGAAACGGGUGAACAGUGAGGACUCGGAGGAACGCUACCACCUCCUCUCUCACGCCUCCCGUCAUCAUCGUCUCACCGGGUGUUGUGCUGGGGUCAACCUGCCCAACGUGGUUCUCCUGUUUGCGGCGGCCUUCCUCUACGACUUUGCUGUGGGCGGAGCCGUCGAGGUCCUGGGCCCCUUCGUGCUGAAAUCGCCGCUCAGCUGGACUGCCACACAAGUGGGAUACGGAAAUGCGGCAGGCUGCGGGAUUUUCGUCACCAGUUUUCUUGGCGUCAUGAUGUUCCGAAAAUGCGUCGGUGACGAAACGAUGAUCCUGAUUGGCAUGCUGUCGUUCGCUGUGGGAAUCUACGUCAUGUCCUUCGUCACUACGACCUCCCUCUUCUACAUUGCCCGUUUAUUCACCCUCUUUGCGCUCAUCCCCAUGCCGACAAUCAGGGCCCUGGUUUCUCAGCAGGUUCCUGCGUCCCGAUGUGGCAUCGCUCUGACCUUUCUGCAGAUGACUCUAAAGGUGGCCGGCGCCAUCUACAUUCCUGCUUUCACAAAGAUCUAUCAGAGCAGUCUGACCUGGUUCCCAGGCCUAGUGUUUAUGAUUUCCAGCGUCAUCACAGUCACUUCCAUGAUACCCGUCAGCAUCGUCGGUUGCAGGUCGGCUCAGAAGCAGGAGAACGUGAGGAUUCAGGGAGACUGACGAAUGAGCAGUGAGCUCUUUUUAUCACAAGCAAACUGGGAAAUGAGACUUAAGUGUUUGAAACAUAAACAUGCCACUUCCUCUAACCUGCUGAUGCAGCAUUUUUGAAAAUACUUGCCUACCAUAAUUUCCAUUGUGGUGUAAUGGGUGGUACUUUUUCUGACAGAUAUUCAAAACUCACUGGACAAAAAAAAAGAAAAAAAGUUUUUGAAAUCGUGUCAAAGGUUACAGGAAA